AGCUACGAAGGGUAUUAAAGGCGGGAAUGAAGCCAAUUCAUCAUUUUCCUGAAUACCGACAGGUGAAUCAAGAUGAUUGUCUUGCUGGUAACUUGCCUUGCUGCUCUUCUGAGUCAUUCCGUCCACGGCGCGAGCUCUUCAGUGGAUUGGUGCUAUCACAAGCCAACAUGCAAUUUUACCACCUGGCCCAAAAUUGCUGCACAAUUCUGUAAUGGAUUCAAGCAAUCUCCCAUCAAUAUUGUGACUGCAAGUGUUCAGAAAAAUUCUAAGCUGACUUCAUUUAACUUCACUGGUUUUGAUGACAACUCCACCUUCACUUCAAUCGCAAACUCAGGCGACUCUGUGGUGGUCAACCUGGAUGAUGAUAAAAUGACUGUGCAAGGAGGUGAUCUUCCAGGUGUGUACAACACUAAACAGUUCCAUCUCCACUGGGGUAACGGCAGCUCCUCGCCUGGCUCCGAACACACUGUGGAUGGCAAACAAUACCUAAUGGAGCUGCACAUUGUGAAUGUCCAUUCAAAAUACAACGGGAGUGUGUCAGCUGCUCUAGCUGCUAAUGACAGCACAGGAUUGGCUGUUCUUGGGUUCUUCAUUGAGGGAACCAGUGAACAAAGCAAACCAAAAAGUUGGGAUACACUAACCUCCUUUUUGACAAGCAUACCUAAUUCAGGUAAUGCAACCACAGACAUCAUGAAUAAUAUCACACUGAACAGUCUGCUUGAAGGGGUGGACAUGACCAAAUAUUACCGUUACCAAGGCUCCCUAACCACACCUAACUGCAACGAAGUUGUGAUUUGGACUGUUUUUAAGCAGCCCAUCAAAGUCAGUCAGAACUUGAUCAACCGCUUCAGCACAACUACCCAUUUCAAAGAUGCAAGCACUUCAGUUCUGGCGACCAACAACUUCAGAGGAGUUCAGCCCUUGAAUGGCAGAGUUGUGACAUCACAGGUGGCAACACCUUCAUCAGCGACCACGUCCACUUCAUCUAUUAUCACAGUACUUCUCUUGUCGACGUUGUGUUGGCUGUACAUUUGAAAAAGAACAUUUGUGCACAUUUAUAAGCUAUAUUAGUGUGUUUAAUUUAAAUGAUUUCUCUUGUACAUUCAUUUUUGUCAUUAGUGUAUCUUAUCUUGAUGAUGCUUAGCUGUUCUUAUUGUAUUUUUAAAUGCACAAUUUCCUAUCUGUGACAAUAACAUGAGGCCUAGUGUUAGAAUAUCAGUUAUUUUUAUCCAAAACACUUAGUUUAAAACAGUUGAAAUCAUAUACCCCCGGUUUCACAGACAAGGCUUAAGCUAGUCCUAGAUUAUGAACUGAAAGUAACUUGCUCUGACAUAUCUUAAAAUAUGUCAGUGCCAUUGUUUUGUCUCAAGAUGCACACCAGUAAUGUUUUUUUCUAGGGCACGUUUAUAAAAGGUACUUAAAUGCCCUAACUGAACCUAAUCCUGGUGUAAUCUAAGCUCUGUCUGUGAAGCCGGGCCUAUAAACUGCUAAUGUUUUAUAUUAAGCUUAAAAUAUGGUAUCUGUAAUUAUAUUCAACAUUAGAUGACUCUGUAGUAUUUAUGAAGAUUUAUGUUUUAAAUGUCUAAAGCAUGACAGCAAUGACGGACCUCAGUUAUUAAAAUAAAAACAAUAAAUGCUUGCUGUUCAAUAACAAAA